AUGAGCGAGACACAGGAUCCGACAGAGAUGGCUAGCACAAUCGAUAAUGAUGAAUCCGAUUCCGAUUCGGACAUCUCGAUGUCUGCCGAGACAGAUGACGAGGAAGAUAAUGACCGCCUGCGAUCCAUAAUAGUGGUGAAUCCAGAUCCAGCAGUUGCGACACCGGACCAUGCUGAGAAUACCUCUAAAAAGCGAAAGUUCUCUGAAUCCUCUGGCCAUUCAAACAAACAACCCAGAAAUGGGAUGAUUGACGAGGUACGGAAACGUCUUAAGCCAGAUGACGCGGUACAGAACCAUUGGAUAGAAGGAAAAUUGCGCAAGGACAAGUCUCUUUUACCGGCUGAGAUAUGGCACCAUAUAUUCACUUUCUGCCCUGCCAUCAGUCUGUGCCGCUUGAUGCGAGUCAACAGAACUUUCAAUAUGUACCUUGAUCCUGUCCCGUAUCCACCUUUGGUACCAUUAUCCAAAUCCGCUUUAUGGCUAUUGUCUCCAGACAAUAUAUGGCGUUGUUCUAGGCAAUUCAUAAACAUACAUGGCCUGCCAACUCCUCUGUUAGGCAAGUCAGAAUUGGAAAUGUGGAGGAUGGCCUGCGGUUCGCUGUGCCAAUUCUGUGGAAAAGCCAGGCAACCGAACUUGGUUGUAGACCAAUGGCAUCCUGGCCCAGGAGAAAAAGGAGUUGUUCCAGUGUGGGCAUUUGGCAUUCGUACUUGUGGUCCUUGCCUUUUGAAGUACUCGAUAAAAGAAAUUGAUCUCCUCCUCUCAUCUACGAUUCCGUCGCCUUUGAUGGCAGCUUUACCAUUCAUAUUUCUUACCAAUGAGCUCCACGUACUCUCCUCGGCUGCCCUUCAAACUGGGCAGCAUCCGUCAUCCUUACAGAUAACCAAGCACUUUUACAACUUCCAGGUGGAAGAAAUCAAGAAAGAAUUUGAAGACGUCAAAGCGAUGGGAACCGCUACAGCGGAGGAGUGGCUCAAGGGCUUGGAAGGUCGAGGAAGAGAACGAAGAAAUGAUGCAACUCGAUGGGAAAAAUGGGAGUCAAGCGGUGGAGUUGCACGAAUGCUUGCCUUAGGGAAACAGACUCCGAAACCUACAAAUACUGUCUCUGCACCGCCUACUUCGACUUUGACGAGACCCACAAACGGCACUCUCCCACCUCAUCCAGGCAAUAACCCUCUUUUUGCAUCUAAUCAACCAUCUCAGCCACCGGUUCCCACUCAAAAUGGAUUUGCAACAAAUCCACCUCCUCGUUUCGAUUCACCGGCACAAAAUGGGUUUGCGCAAUAUGCUCCCCGUCCUCUACUUCCAACUAAGCACGAGAGAACCAAAGAAGAAGUGGCUGAACUGAAAGCAGCACGCAGAGCCGAAAUCGAAAGACGAUGUCUGUUGCUCGACCCUCCCAUUACAGCGGGGGUACUGGCACAUAUGCCAUCUUUUCAAGCUGCAAUCCAAAUUAUCCAACCCUUGGUUGAUAGUUCCUGGGAAGUAUUGAAGCCGAGACUAAUAUCCCAAAGGGAUGACGCCGAGCAGCGCGAGAAUGAUCGACUCGCUCAGACCCGAGUGGUUCAAGAGCGUUUUGAUGAACGGCGUUUCCAGGAUGUGCAAUCUAGAUCGGUCUCUAAGGACCUUGCUGAGCGAGAAUGGGAUGACAUGCAGGCCCCCUUGCGAGCCCGGAUUGGUGGUUAUGCCGAUGAGAUUCUCCGUGAUGGCUGGAAUGGAGGUGACAAAGUAUCCUACGAGACAAGCCCCCUUUUCGCUGCAGAAGUUUUAAUUUAUGUCCGGAAGAGGUUCUAUGCAGAGGUUGCCAAGGACGAAGCUGCGAUCCGUGCAACUGGAAGAGAACCAGAACUCGAUCCACCAAAUGGCCCUUUCACACGGAAGCUCAUAUUGGAAAAUAUGAAAUGGGUAUUUGACACCAAGAUCAAACCAUACACAGAGCCAUACCGUAAGGAACUUUUUCUUUGCAGUGCCUGCGAGUAUGCCAACAAGUAUUAUGGCUUUGAAGGUGUUAUCCAACACUUCGCAGCCAAGCAUACCAGUGCCCUCAGUGUUGGAAGUGUUGUUGUCCAUUGGAAGUCUGAAUGGCCUGAAUACCCUCCUUUCAAUCCGGAUCCUGACAAUACUGUCAAGCCAUACUACCCCGCUGCACAAAGCACCACUGUUCCUUACUCGAAUAGUGGCCCUACUACACAGCAGAAUUAUGGAUAUGGUGGGUACCCUGUUCCAGUCUCUACACCUAUUCCGGGCCCAAAUCCACAUGUCUACCAAGAGAGUCCAGGACCGUACUAUGGCCAUCCACAAUUUGGUGAUCAAUAUUCAGGCCCUCAAAAUGGACCAUAUGCCCCACCACCUCAGCCAUAUCAGGAUCCGUCUCAGGGCUUUCAACCUCAACAAUACUCUGUUGCACCGCAUGCGCCCACGAUCGCCGGGUACAAUGAUACUCCUCAAGAUUAUCCCCAGACUGGGUAUGGAGCAUCAGGACCACCGUAUCAGCCCCCUCAAGAUGUUUAUGCGAAUCAAGGACAGCAAUAUCCCCCACCAGCCUCGGAGAUGUCCGCACAGCAAGCUUCUUACCACCCAUCAACACAGUAUGGAUCAGUAUACAACCAAGCUCCGUCAUUUCCUCCUAGCAAUCUUCCUCCACCUCAGAAGACCGAGCAGUACAUCGCACAACUCCAGGAUCUUGCACGGAACGCUCGUGACAUAUGGAAUUCCAUUGGAAGCAUCAAAGAGGUCCCAGGAAGUCUUAAGGUGUAUACCAUCAUCUAUCAUGUCUUAAAGCGCUUCCGGGAAAAUUACCAGGAAGACCCUCCGCUUUCGAUGAUGGUUGAAGGCUUGUCUAGCAAUAAAGAUAUGCGACCAGUCCGCAAUGUCAACGGAUUGUUGUGCAAAGCAUGCACGUUGGGUAUGGCUGGAUCCCUGUCAGGUCCGCAAAAAAAGCAUUAUUCUUUUCCUCAACUCGUGAAUCACUUCCAUACGACUCAUGAUCUUGGUCUCUCCCAGAAUUACAGCUCACCUCUUGAUUGGACCAGAGAUAUGGUUGAUCUACCAGACAUGGCUAAACUAGCGGCAGUCGUCAACGCACCAGGCAUGGAUGAUCAGAAGCUCACACUCUUCACGGAAGCAGUCCCUGAAAUUAUUCCGGCUCCUCAAUCCUCUUCCAGUGGCUUCCAUCAUGAGGCACAUCAGCAGUAUGGACCAUAUACUCCUCAAUUUGACCAUCCAAAGCUUGCGCCGUCUCAGGACAAUCAUGACAAGUACUAUGCUGUUAUGGACAAUGAAAAGCCUUUGGAUUCCACAAGUGCCACUUUCGACAGCGAGGAAUAUGACCCAAGGCGCCCGAGUGAUCUACCAGUAGAUCCUCGACCGCUUCCCAAGUCCACUCGAAGGGAUCGACGUCCUAGAAAGCAAAGUGGUGCCCAAGACGUUCUACCAGGUUACCAAUAUGACGAGCGUUAUGAAGACCGAGCUCCCGAAGAGCCGUACAAUGGUCGGCCUGAGCGAUUAUACUCUGACAGGCGGACAUCUCCUUCUCGAAUGAUCCCGGCUGCCGAGUAUGGCCAUGUCGUUGUGCGUGAGGAGCAGCAACUAUCCGGUCGACGCAUCCAGUACCAAGAAAUGCCUGCAAAUUUCGAGUACCGAGUCCGACGCAAUCCUGUACCUGCGUAUAACAAUACAGAGACUGUACAUUCCGAAAGUCAGCACAGAACUGCCAAUUCAAGAUCCUACCACCUGAACGGACAUGCACAGCCACCAGUGGUCAUGUAUGAGAGUGAGGCGCGAGAUCGCCCACGGUCCAUUGACGAAGCUACCGCCCAACAAAGUCGAAUCUAUGAGGUUGUGGCGCAAAUCUCACAACAAGCCCAGCAAGCAAGAGAUCAACAUUCGGCCAAAGAGGACCUUGCUGACGCUGGAUCCGAAGAUGGCGAGGUGCAGGCUGAACAGGAACUAAAGGCUCCAGCUCCCUCACUUCUCCCUCUUGACGAAGCGAGCAACGCAGCUCAACGCUUUCUGGACAACUUCCGCCCAGGCGAGACGUUAUCCGAGGUUUCAGUCACAAAGGCAAGCGAGCAUGAUAGUGACGCAAGAAUGUACCGGGUACCAGUUGAAUCCCAACACCGGCCGCGCGCAGAGUAUGAGGGAGACGAUCGAAGCUUUGUAAGUACCAGGCGUCCUGUCAACCCUGAACUUGACGAUACGCCUCCCCAUGGAUACAUCAUUCAUGAUCGUCUCCCUGUGUCACGACCAACACAAGCAUAUGCAUACGAGGAGAGAUACGUUGGUUCUGUUUCCGAGCAAGGCGGGCCAAGAGACAGAUCACCUGAAUUAGUUGAUCGCCGGUACAAGUUGAAUAAUGUUGUCUACCGAGAUGAGAGACAAGACAGCCAGGGAAAUUAUCGAACACCCAGCAGAUAUGCUAGGUAUGAGAGUGUCAGACUCGAAAACGACCGCGCACGUUCGAGGUCGCCAGUAUACGUGAAGGUGGGCACACAUGCGGGCCAUUAUCGAGAAUUGAGCCCUGGUCCUCAUCCUGCUCACUCCUUACGCCAAGAGCCCAUCUACCGCUCACGUACCCCACUACAAGGUGUCGACGAACGCGAACUCAAACGGGCCCCUCGCCAGGAGUACUACCGUGUCUACGCAGAUGAGCCUCGACCACGCGAGCCUCAAUAUGCCGAAGCUUUCGAGUAUGUCCGUGUUUCUGAUCCAGCAGGCGAUUAUAUGAUCCGAAGACCUGUCCGCCGGGAACCAGAGCCGAUUUAUGCCACCUAUGAAGACGACGUCUAUGCCCGCCAACCGGUGUAUGAGAGUCGUGCACCUGCACCUCGAGCUGCAGAGCCUACGUUUUAUGAGGAAGAGUACGAUCCUCGUCAUCCUGCACCUCCGCCGCCUCCUGCCCGCCAAGUUAGGUACCAGUAG